AUGCAAACUCAGAUCCGUGAAGUCUGGGCAGAUAAUCUAGACGCAGAGCUAGAUAUUUUGCGUGAAUUAGUCGAUCGAUAUCCUUACGUUUCUAUGGAUACUGAAUUCCCUGGCGUUGUAGCUAGACCAAUUGGAAAUUUUAAGAAUUCAUCAGAUUAUCACUAUCAAACGCUGCGAUGCAACGUGGAUUUAUUGAAGAUAAUACAAUUAGGUAUCACUAUCGCUGACGCAGACGGCAAUAUGCCUGAGUAUCCUACUUGGCAAUUCAACUUUAAAUUCAGUUUAAACGAUGAUAUGUAUGCACCAGAUUCAAUAGAUUUACUCACAAAAUCUGGUAUUAAUUUUAAAAGGCUAGAAGCUAAUGGUAUUGAUAUUGAAGAAUUUGGAGAGAAACUGGUCACUUCUGGUUUUGUUCUGUUCGAUCACGUUCACUGGAUAUCGUUUCACAGUGGCUAUGACUUUGGUUACUUACUCAAAGUUCUCACUUCAUUGCCCUUACCUUCAAAUGAAAACGACUUCUUUGAUCUACUUCGCAUUUGGUUCCCUUGCAUUUUUGACAUAAAAUACGUUAUGAAAAUCAAUAGGUUGUUAAAGGGUGGUUUACAAGAUAUUGCAGAUGAAUUACAGGUGAUGCGAAUAGGCCCUCAACAUCAAGCAGGUUCAGACUCCUUAGUCACAUCAGCUUCCUUCUUCUCUAUGCGUACAAAAUUCUUCGAUGGUACAUCUGAAAGAGAUAGACAAUUGUAA